CAAUACCAAGCACAACCACAAAAUACCAAACAAACUCCCUAUCUUGAACCGCUCGAUGUUUUCCCUUUCUGAGCAUAUAACAGCGACAUACUGAGAGGAGGUUCUCUUGGAACCAACCGGACCCAAUGGAUGAUUUGAAAUCUCAAUCUCAUGGCCACAUAGUGAUGCUACCUUUCAUGGCACAUGGCCAUCUCAUCCCCUUCCUCGCCCUCGCCCACCGCAUCCGCCGCCAAACCCCCUUUGCUGUCACUCUCGCCGCCACCACUCUCAACCUCCGGUACAUCCGCUCCACCACGUCCCCUGACGAUGAUGACUCCGGAAUCCGCCUCCACGAGCUCCCAUUCCGCAGCUCCGACCAUGGCUUGCCACCCGACACCGAGAACACUGAGAACUUGCCACUCAGUCAGAUGGGGACACUUUUCCACGCGUCUAUUUCCCUCGCUGCUCCGGUAGAGCGCCUCAUCUCCAACAUAACUGCCGAAGAGGGCCGGCCACCUCUUUGCGUGAUCUCGGAUGUGUUCUUCGGUUGGUCCGUGGACGUCGCCAGGAGGCUUGGGACGAAGAGCAUCGCCUUCACCACGGGCGGCGCAUAUGGCACUCUGGCCUACCUCUCCGUCUGGCUUCACCUCCCGCACAGCUCAACUGAUGCUGAGGAGUUCUCGGUGCCCGGAUUUCCUGAACGGUGCCGGUUCCACCGCUCUCAGCUCCACCGGUUCAUCCGCGAGGCGGACACUACCGACCAGUGGUCCAAGUUCUUUCAGGUUCAGCUCAAGCUCUUUCUGGCCUCGGAUGGUUGGUUGUGCAACUCAGUUGAGGAAAUUGAGCCUCUUGGGUUCGAUCUCUUGAGGAAGUACUUGAAGCUCCCUGUUUGGGCCAUUGGUCCACUAGUCCCUCCUCACAUGCUCCAAAAAUCAUCACCAAUCUCUCCUAACUCUAGAUCAAAAUCCCUCCAAAAACAUACAGGAAAAGUUUUUGGGGUGUCCCCAGAGAAAUGCCUAGACUUCCUCGGUUCACAUAGUCCAAACUCUGUUUUGUAUAUUUCCUUUGGUUCACAAAACACUAUAAGUCCUAGCCAGAUGAUGCAGUUGGCCAUUGGUUUAGAAUCAAGUGGCAAGCCUUUUCUUUGGGUCAUUAGGCCACCACUCGGUUUCGAUAUUAAGGGCGAGUUCCAACCCGAGUGGCUGCCCCCGGGGUUCGAGGACCGAGUGACCAGGAGCAAGCAGGGCUUGCUAGUGCGAAAUUGGGCACCGCAAUUAGAUAUCCUCUCGCACAGCUCGACGGGAGCAUUCCUAAGCCACUGCGGGUGGAACUCGACCGUGGAGAGCUUAAGCCAGGGGAUGCCCAUCAUGGGGUGGCCGAUGGCGGGCGAGCAGGCCUACAACGCCAAGAUGAUGGUGGAGGAGAUGGGGGUGUGCGUCGAGCUUACGCGCGGGGUCGAGAGCCAGAUCGAAGCCGAGGACGUGAAGCGGGUGAUCGAAACGGUGAUGGAAGAGGAAGGAAAAGGAGGGGAGAUGCGGAAGAGGGCCACUGCAGUGAUGGCACAGAUGAGGCAAGCUGUGAAGGAAGGCAGUGAUGAUGACAAGGGUUCUAGCCUCAAGGCCAUGGAUGAAUUCGUGAGGACCAUUCUAGGCGAUUCCACAAAUGGUACAUUUUCAUUCCUUCAGGUCAAUCAUCGCUCGUGAAGGGUCGGUAAAUUAUACGAAAAAACUAGAAAUUCGUUUCACUGGGCACAUGUUAAUCGAGUCAAAUAGUUUCGUGGGUCACGGUUAUGUCCUCAAGCAAUGGAACCGAAGGAUUAGGACUUUGCACUUUUUUUCAAGCAGCACUUUUUAUUCGCGUACAAUCUAACUUCUAUGCUUAACAGUAUUGUCUUGGAAGAUUCUGCCUGUAUUAAUUAAGAAAAUAUUUUGUUCGU